AUGGCUGACAGGCCAUCGGGCUGCAGAGCUCGUAUCUCACCUAACAAGAGGACACCCAGGGUGUCGGCCCCCAGUAACAAAUCUAUAGGCCCAGGUUGGGCCCACCGAGGGUAUGCCGGUCUCAAAGCCGACGCACAGCGUACAGCGCUGUCAUUUAUACGAACGUUAGGGAGGAACCCUACAAUGUCGUCGAGGACAUUCACCUUGACUAAAAUACGAAGGUGUUCGCUGUCAGGGCUGAACACCAACUCCGCUUGUCCCCUAGGAGCAGGAGGCUCGGCACCUCCGAUACCUACCAUCGGACGUGAUUCAGGGCUCCAGGGGAGCCCCAGUCUUCCCACCAACCGAGUAGAGGCCACACUACGUUGGGAACCCGAAUCCAAUAGAGCUCGAACCCGACAAAAAAUUGAAAAAGAAAAGGAAAAAGACAAGAAGAAAGCAGGGACUGCGGCCCCAGGCGCAGUGACUGUAGAACGGACUAGGUCAGCGCUUGAGGAGGACCUGGAAAUCAUGGAGGAGGAGUUUGAUGCUUGCAAGGCUUUCACCCUUGCAAAUAAUAGAACAUACAAGGGCGGCAGUAAAUACGAUCAUGGGAAUCGUCUCUGGUCCAGGAUCCAAAUUGAAUAA